GAGAAGCUGGCUAAGGAGCUCGCGGGGCCAGAGGACAUCAUUCGCUUCAGUGAGCUGCGAUGGAUCUACUGCGACCAGGCCGUGAGGGACACCGCCGCCGCCAUGGGGAUCUCGAACCUGGCCGAGACCACGGAGUCGCUUUCAUCGGCCUUCAACGCCAUCCCGAAGUUCGACAAGGUCAAGGCGGCCACGUGGAGCCAGUGGCAGGAGCUCUGGGUGGAGAGCAUCGCGGAUGCAAUGGAGGGGAGCGCGGGCCCGCAGGAGGUUGCGAUGGACCACGCGAAACGCCGGGGGCUCGUCAGGGCCGCGGCCAAGCAGCAGGUUGCCUCGGGGCCCCGCGGGCAGUCGUCGCAGGGCCCAGGGGAAGAGGGCGCGCCGCCCCCCGUGGUGCCCGUGGUGCAGAAGGUGCAUCCCAAGGAAGAGCAGGAGCUGAUGAGCGUCGAGUCGCUCUUCGGGUACGUCGACGCGAAGGCGUUCGCGCUGGCAGCGGGCUCGCAGUUAAACCUGGUCGGCGCCGUCGAUGUUCCAGAGGCUGUCAUCGUGGAGUUCGAGCACGAGAAGUUCCCGAGUAGCUACUUCAUCAAGAUGUUCUUCCAUUUCGUGGAGGCGAGGUUGUACGAGCACGCGUUCCAUCGCACGCAGUGCUUUGAGGACGUCUCCAUCAGCUGGGCGAACAUGAGGUUCGAUAAAGAGAAGAAGAAUCAGAUCGUGAAGCCCGCGCUGGUGGCGAAUCGCAGCGAGUUGCAGAAGGACUUCAAGCUUGGUUUCGCGGGGCCAGUGUCGUUCACCAAGGGUGCCAGUGGACUUCUAGUUGCAGCCUUGAGGAUGAGAGCUCGCAGGCGUGACGACGACGUGGUCCUUGGAGUCUACGUGACCAGCGACGGGGCGGACAGUCUCAAUUCGGAUUGCACAGUGCCCGCGCGGCUGGUGCCGACGGCGAAGACGGAGCAGCAGAAGGUGACCAUGGAGGUGGGGGCGGAGAUCAAGGAAUACACUGUGCCAGAGCAUCUGAAGUUCAGCGGCGGCGGCUACCCUGGUUUGGUUAACGCCGAGAAGGUGAGCCUGCAGCUGUGGGACCUGAUUCCCGUCACGACCGAAGGGGAUGAUGGGAAGGAGAUCUGGCCGCAGAAGGGCGAUGAGUUGGUGCGCGGGGCUAAGGGCACCAAGGGCAAAG